AUGAACGGAUUUUUGGAGCUCUACAGGGUGCAAUACGAAUGUCCAUGUGGCUCUUGGUUCCCCUUGAGUUAUCUUUAUUUCUGCAAGCCUUGUAAACAUGUCAGAUGUACGGAUUGUGCAUUGGAAGAUGUUGACAAGACGUAUUGCCCCAUUUGCAUUGAUGACACGGUCAUUGACGACACGCGAUUUGGGAAGGGGACGUGUUCUGUUUGCUACACCUGUCCCAUUUGUAGUAAGAGUUUGUAUCUUUUGUGCAUGUGUUACUUUAGGUGAUAAAUUGAUAUAUCGAGCUCUAACCGGAACGGAUCUUCACUAUCUGCAUUGUAACAAUUGCAUGUGGAAUACGAACGAGGCCGGACUUGAAGGACAACCCAGGAAACAAAUAUGGCCAGCCUAUCCAAAUUCACUGGAGGACAAGCUACAGAAGGUCCACGCCCAGCUCAAAGUCCUGUCCUCGUAUGAACGUGCGGAAAGCGAGAAACCGUCUCGGCGCUCGAUGUCUAACUUAGGCCAUGUUUCUAAUGAUAGAUAUGGCAUUUUACAAUUAAUGCAGACUCGUAGAAAGAAGAUCCUUGCCAGACCAGAGUCCAUUGAAUAUCUGAAUUCUGAUAAGCCAGAGGGUAUGUCACUAUUUUAAAUUCGGUUACUCUGUUAGAACUGGAUCUGUCUAUCUAUACACAGCCAGUUGAUGAAGGAAAUGUGCCUACAUUAGAUCAAGUGAUCCGCCUUCCCUAUUGCAAUCCUUCUAUUCUCUAUCCAGUCCACAAGAAACUGCAGAGUCGAAAACAUGUUAGAUGUCCUGAGCAUGAUGUGACAAUAUAUAGGGGCGAAUUCGCGAUUCUCAAGACUGCGGCCAAACACCAUGUAAGAUUACAUGAAGAGUGAAUGAUCUCUUUUAGAUUCCAUGUUCUGAUUUCUGCCCUGAACUAAAAUUCAGCCAUGAGACUGUCUUCUCGGCUACCGAUAUGUUCUCCAUCUUUAUAACAGUACUGAACUCGGCCUUUUCUGCAAUGGAUGUUCGAAUAGAGCCAUUACAAUCGGAAGACAGGGAUUGUCUGAUUUGUGAUAACGGGCUUAUUGAGCUGAAGGGAGAAUAUUCGAUUCCAAACAAAGACACCAGUGGGACGGGAGAUCCUCUUGGUCCGCUGAGAGAUAACACUCCUGAUCUGGGAGCAGCACUAGAUCCUGAAGGACUUGGGUAAGGAAUCUCGACAGAUAAAUAACUUUUUCAGGACCGUUGUCUUCCGAAUCCAGCAUCGAGUUGGUCUUCAUCUGAAGUGCAGAGCUAAACCAGGAUGUGAUCCGAAGAAGAGCUACUUAUUACUUCAAAUCACCUACAAAACCAACAAAGCGGAAGCCGAAUCCACCAAUAGAGUGAAGCUUUAUCUGGCCUAA